GUGGGGGUCUAAGUCAAAUAUGAUCGGCGGUCUCAGUCUGGUAAGGCCUGUUAUUUGGAAGGCCCACUUGGAUGUUGAAAUUAUAUGGGCCUCAUAUUUAUUAGUCAACCAAGAGCCCAUAGUGAAGAUAAUACCCCAAAUCGAGAAUCGGCGGUUAGGGCGAGUUGAGCGAUCACCGGGGGAGCAAUGAUUGGGGGGCAAGCGGAGAGAGAAGAACGAGUAGCGUUGGAAAUAAGUGAAGAAUUAGUAAGGAGUAUGGAACCUGGCGCUGUUUUCAGAGACUAUAAUUGCAGGAUCAGCUCGAUUGACUUUAACAAAAAUUCGAGUUAUAUGGUGACGGCAAGCGACGAUGACUCCAUUCGUCUCUACGAUGUUGCUACCGCUACAUGCCUGAAGACGAUUAACAGCAAAAAGUAUGGGGUUGAUCUUGUUUGCUUCACUUCACAUCCUACCACUGUCAUCUACUCUUCCCGUAAUGGCUGGGACGACUCUCUGCGCCUUCUCUCUUUGCACGAUAACAAGUAUUUGCGCUACUUCAAAGGACAUCACGACAGAGUUGUUUCGCUUAGCUUGUGUUCUGCUGGUGAAUCCUUCAUCUCCGGUUCUCUUGAUCGAACUGUUUUGCUUUGGGAUCAAAGGGUCGAGAAAUGCCAGGGUCUCUUACGUGUCCAAGGACGGCCUGCUGCAGCGUAUGAUGAUCAAGGUUUAGUCUUUGCUAUUGCCUUUGGUGGCUUCAUAAGAUUGUUUGAUUCCCGUAUGUACCAUAAGGGGCCUUUUGAAAUAUUUUCCGUUGGUGGUGAUCUUUCUGAGGCAAACGUUGUCAAAUUUAGUAAUGAUGGAAGGCGCAUGCUGCUUACAACCAUGGGCGGCCAUAUUCAUGUGCUUGAUUCUUUUCGUGGAACACUCCUAUCCACAUAUAGUGUGAAACCAGUGGCUGAAGAAUCUACUUUGGAUGCAACCUUCAGUCCUGAAGGGAUGUAUGUUGUUUCAGGUUCAGGAGAUGGUAGUACCCAUGCCUGGAGUGUGAGGAGCGGAAAACAGGUUCAGAGUUGGAUGGGUGGUCAUGGGAGUGAAGCUCCUCCAGUAAUAAAAUGGGCUCCAGGAAGUCCCAUGUUUGUCACAGGCUCAUCCGAGCUUGCUUUUGUUAUCCCUGACUUAUCUAAAUUGUCAGCUUAUGCCAAUCGGAAAUAGGAGAUGGCACUUAGGACGACUUUCACAAGCUCUAGGCUCCCUCUGUGUCAUUGGUUAGCAUGUCUGUAACUUAUUUUGCUUGGCUCUUUUCUGGUAUUAUCUUGUUAAAUAUAGCGACCCUAUAGAUAGAAAAUCCCCGACUAUUUUCUAAAUCUUAUUUGUGUAAUCUACAAAUUUGAUUGUAUCCUGUCCCCCAACCCCCAUUGUGAAAUGAAAACCCCCUUUGCAUUUAAAUUCUGGGGUUGUAA